GCUGCGUAUGCCUGUGGUGCCCCAAAUCCGCCCUCCUUGCCUAUGUGCCAGCAGCGCUCGCCACUCGCUGUCCGAGAAGGCCAGUCCCCUAGCCUAGACCGAAGGCGCUCCAAGCCACCCACCCCUUUAACACUGUCUACACUGUCUAGUGCUCCCGACGUUCACGUCUUCACCUCUUCGGAACGGCCUCCAGCCUCCUCAUUCUGGACACGAUUGCGACCAUGGACGACUUAAACGAUGCCGGCGCCGAACUCUGGGACAACAAUGGCUUGACUGACAUUGCGUCCCUUGCCAGUGACGAAAGCAGCAUCAACGCCACUAUCGCCGAGACUGACGAUCGCUUCAUGCCCUUCCACGACGGUUGGAGCGCACAGAAGGACGAGCACAGCGCCCCCUCUCCGUUACCCUUCGCGUACACCACGGCACAGUCCAUUAUCGAGGGAUUCGUCCGCAUUGAAAACCACCUCCAUUCUACGCAUGACACACUCGAGCCCAUGGCCGAGAGUUCCCAGCUCGAAGCUCCUACGCUCGCCCGACACGUACAAUCUUGUCACGAUUCCAGCAAUGACCAUGGCCACGAGCCUACUGACAGCACAAGCGGCACCAUCUUCUCGUUGUCCAACAACUUCUUGUCCAAGAACGACAACUCGGGUUCAGGGGGGGACGAGCUCAGCGGCCAUCCUUCCUCCAACUUGGAUGGCACGACGCAGUCCGCUUCCGCCACAUUCACGGACUUCGACUUCGACGAACCCGCCCUCAGCCCUCAGCUUUCGGAUAAAGAUCUACAUGACAGGUUCAAUAAUACGUUCGGGAGUUGGGAGAUCCUCAGAGACGCACUAGUCAAAUUUGCGGACAAGGUACCAGCCAGCGUUGUCCUCGACGAUGAACAGUACCGGGGCAUAAUUCAACUUACGGGGUUGUUUUGGCGGGACGCAGUAGAGCUGCUCAGCAUUUGUUCCCACCCAAAUGCAUCGCGUAGGACGCGGCAGCUGAUCGAGGAGAACAAGGUUGUGCCCACUCUAUGGGCAGUUGGGGCAGCUCCAUUCCUGCAGCGAUUCACAUCCGAUGAUGCCUCCAACCCUGAGCAUAUGUGGACAUUCGUCCUGCAGUGGGUCUUGCAACUCCAUCAUCUGCACAGGAAUGUCCCGGAGUACAAACAUCUGUUCGCGAGAUAUGUAGGACUUUUCGCAAUACUGGCAAUGGUUGCGUCACCUCUGGAGGCAGACAAAUGUCGCUGGGCUCUCACUGCUCAAUUCUGGUAUAGAAGAAUAGCUGGUUUGGCGUGACGAGAACCGUAUUCCACCAGUUUGGGAGAUUCUUUCUUGGUUAUUGGCAUAGUUUUGGGGUCGUGUUGGUCUUGGAUUAUGGACCUGUUGCCAACCGAGAGCACUACUUCAUGGGCACAGAAUCCUGUCUAGCAAUACUUGCACCCCCCCAAUGCCACCUUCACUUCAGUGUCCAUGAUGCUUGUGCCUCGAGUUGUGACAUGAAGACACGCGUGUUUCUAUGACACUACGUGGUUAACAGCGAUCGGUUGCAUCACUCAGUCUUGAAUCCACUUCGGUCUGAUUGACUCUUAUCUACGUUGUUC